GGAUAGGCCUGAAAUACGACGGGGGCACAAAAUCCUUCCCGGACGAUAAUUUCCCCAGGGGUCAGCUCGGUAAGACCGCUAAGACGGGGCAACCCUAUCAGAAUCGAUCAAAAGGCCUGCGCAGAUCAUUAGCAAGGCCCGCUCCCAAGGCCACGGCGAGGGGACGAAGCCCCAAUUUCCGACAAUUUUCAUUUCCAGCAUCCCAUGAUGGCUUUGCUCUGCCCAAUGGACUCCAUACGGGUGCCGCAUCUUCCGUAGCAAAAGAUCUCUACUGCCACCCCGUGGGACUGUAGUGUAACCUCACGGGCUUCCCGUAAGGCAGACGAUAAAAUGUCGAGGGCCCGCUGUUUGCGGCGCUCUCUUGCGUGGUAUCAACCCCUUUUGCCGUCUGCCCCCCCGUGAAACCCGGCUUCUCCAACGACUGGAAAUGCUGUCUAAAGGUCGAGCUGGACGGGACGGCGAUCACCUGGCGGCCGGAGCGGCCCAUCGUCGCCGGGUCCCAGCGUUCCGCCAGUGUCUCAACAUCCUCGGAUGCCUGCUGGCGAUCCCGAUCUACUAUGUGACAACGGCGCACAGCCGGUACCCGGUGACAUUGGAUAUCAUCGUCACCAUCGCGCUUACCGAGCUGAACCGCUAUGUUGUCGAGGGGCGCCGCAUGGGUCUCUCGGGGCAAAGGAGGCGGCAUCUCGGCCAUGAGAGGCGUUCUUCCGUCCAGGAGAAGGCGGGCUGGGACGAGGUCCUUCUGGAGAAACAGCCCGGGCCAACAACGAGGGUGGACUGCAUGGCGGCGGUGGUCGGCUGGCGAGAAGAGCCGUCGCUGUAUCGGCGGGCACUGGAGAGCUACAAGUCCGCCCGGACAUGUGCUUUUGUCCUCGCCGGCAUCGACGGGGAUGAGGCGGAAGAUCAGGAUAUGGUCGAGGUUUUCAAACGCGUGUUCCCAGAGCAAUCGGCAGUGGUCCAGGUAGCGGAGCCGCUGGGGGAGAUUGCCGAGCGAAUCCGGGCCAAGGUGGUCAGCCAGGCGCGGCAGGACGAGCAGCCGCUUGACGAGGCGGAGGCCGACGCCAUCGCCAUGCAGUACUGCAUCGAGGUGGCCAAGAGCAUCUUGCUGCAGCACAAUCUGCGCAUCGGCGCGCCGGACGGGGUGCGACACGUGUGCAUCAAGCAGCGCCACAUGCACAAGAAGGGCAUCAUGUUCACGACCUUUGUGUUCGCGCUCGUCAUUGCCGACAUCCUCGGCAUCGAGUUCCUGUGGUCGUCGGACUCGGACACGAUCGUGUUCCCGGACUCGCUGGAGCGCACCGUCAACGCCUUUGCCGCGGAUCCGCAGGCCGGCGGCGCCAGCUCCGGCCUGGUGGUUCACAACGCGGACGAGACCAGCAUCACCAAGCUCGCCUCGGCCGUGUACUGGGGCGAGCUGUACCUGACCCGGUCCACGCCGGCCGCCACGGGAACCAGCGACUGCCAGAGCGGGCCGAGCACCGCCUUCCGCCUGGCCGCGCUGCCCGAGAUCCUCGUCCCCUGGUAUCUGCAGCGGGCGCUCGGCAAGCGCAUGAUCAUCAACGAGGACCGCCAUCUCACGACGAACCUGCUGCUGCGCGGGUGGAAGGUCAUGUUCGCGUCGGACGUGCUCGCGGCCACCGACACGCCCACGACGCUCUCGCGCUGGCUGAAGCAGCAGGUGCGCUGGGCGCGGGCCACGCACAUCGAGUCGCUGCUGCACCCGCGCGUCUACGCCACCAGCCACCCGCUGCUCUUCUACGGCAUGGCCAAGCGCGAGUUCGGCCCGGCCAUCGGCGCGCUCUCCAUCCUCUGGUACUUCUUCACCUCGCAGCAGCUGCUCGUCUUCUCGGCCCGCGACGUGCUGCUGCGCAUCCUGCUCGGCUGCGCCUACAACGUGCUGCGCAACCCGGAUCGCCUGACCGCCAGGGGCCUGGUCUGGGUCGUCCCGAGCAUCUUCUUCUACUACAUCCCGCUCCCGGCCGUGCAUCUCUGGAGCAUGCUGACCAUGGGCGCCGACGGCUGGGGCACCACCAUGCGCGCGAGCGGCGAGCGCGCACGGAGGGAGACGUGGCAGAAGGCCUGGUUCGAGACGGGCUUUUUCGUCGUGUGGAUCGGCAUUCUGGCCGGCGUCGUGGCGAAGCUGCUGGGCAUCUAUUUCUGCAUGGUCUGGCAUGAGAGGAUGGCCGCCAUCCUGGUCAGCGGUGCGGUCGGAGCAUUCGGUGCAUGGAGGGUCACUAUCGGAGCAUCAUAGAACGCGAGUACCCCCGCUUAACGAUUAAUGCUUGUAAUCUCUAUAUAGACGAUAGAACUCCGGGUACGUCCAUACCUACUAGUACAUACUACCUUACCUGUAUCCAAGCAUCCCACGGAUGGGCCAGCAUUCAGAGACAGGUCAUCGCUGAUCUGCGUGGUACUCAACUGGUAUUCCUGAUCUCUGGCAUAUAGUUGGCAAACGGCAGCGUCGUAGCUCAUCACCGUUGAUGCUGCUUACGAUGCCGAUCUAGUCAUCUCGAGAGGAGAAAAUUCAAGUCCGAGUGUGCCAGAUGACGCUCCUUAACUCCGGCUUAUGGCUGGCUUUCAAGACAAUCGUGUUAGUCCGUAGCGUCCCAGGACACACAGUGAUCUCCCCCGAGGAGGCGGCACUCUGACUGGUCCGAUCCAUCUCACCUGGUG